GUAAAAAGCUUUUGCGAUCUCUUCGAGUUUUAUCAUCCACUAUCUGGUUGUAUUUCCAAUGUACAUCCAAUCAAUAUUUUCUCAUUUUCAAUUCAGGAUAUAGGAUGAUAAAUGUCAUUUAUUGCCUGAAUCUUACCCAAAUUUUAUCUAUCAUAAGUAUUUCUCUGCAUUUAUUUCAAUUUAGUUAUAUGAAUUAUCAUGUUUGACAAAGUAUUAAUGUAGCAAUUUUACUAUACACAUUCCUUGUUGUACAGCUAGCUUACAAUUAAUGCAGCGCAUGUCAUUGCUGAAGAGAUUAAAGGUUCACAAUGGUUGCGUGAAUUCUAUAUGUUGGAACAGCAAUGGAGAAUUGAUACUGUCUGGAAGUGACGAUCAACAUCUUGUUCUAACUAAUGCACAUAAUUAUGAGGUAUUGACGGAUUAUAAAACAAGUCAUAGGGCAAAUAUUUUUAGUGCCAAAUUUUUGCCUAAUAGUGGAGAUCAUCGUAUUGUUUCUUGCAGUGGAGAUGGUAUUAUUUUGUAUACAGAUCUGAUGAGAAGAACAGAAACGUUCCAUAAUCAAUUUACCUGCCACACUGGCACUACUUACGAAAUAGCGAUUAUACCCGGUGAGCCGCAUAGUUUCUUAAGCUGCGGAGAAGAUGGGACUGUGAGAUGGUUUGAUCUCAGGGUAAAGGAUAAAUGUAGCGCUACGAGAUGUAGAGAGGAUGUAUUAAUCCCAUGUCAAAGAGCUGUGACUGCUUUGUCCGUGAAUCCUGUCUUGCCUCAUCAAAUAGCGAUCGGUUGUUCUGAUAGCACUGUAAGAACGUUUGACAGAAGAACUCUCGGUACACCGGCCACCGGUUGGAUAGACGCAGAUAGUUCACCUAGACCGCUAUGUAGCUUCACUGUCCCAGAAUUCGAAGGCAAUUCUUACAGGAUUACGUCGUUGAGUUACAGUCCGGAUGGACAGGACGUCCUCGUCAGCUAUAGCAGCGAUCAUCUCUAUUUAUUCAGUAUCAAAGAUCAAGGUAGUUUGCAAUUGCGAAAAGAUGCGACAAUAGGAAAAGGGAAAGGAAAGAAACAUCCGUUAAGAUCGCCUCAACCAGUUCGUCGUUUAAGACUUCGCGGCGAUUGGUCCGAUACCGGUCCUGAUGCACGUCCAGAAAGAGAAGGAGGACGUCGCAGUGGUACAGAAAUCGCUCAGGCAAGGCCGGUGUUGCAUACCUCCUUGAUGCAAAGAAUGACGGACGUGCUCAGCAGAAUGUUGAAUGACCCAGCCACACGCGCUGCUCUGAGUGGUGGUGGUGAAGAUAGUUUGGAAGGUGUCAUCGAGCAACCAGAAGGCAUCCAAAAUGAGAAUAAUCCUGAAUUGAACGCAGAGAGAAGUAGCGACACGAUUGAAAUGAGCGCAGAGCAAAGCAGUACUUUGGAAACAAGUGAGUCGUUUUUAGGAAAUACAAGCACGCACGCUAACACGAUCGAAAGUACAGACAUGGAUGAAAUGAUUAAUAUCGAGAGACUUCAAACGAGAGAAGUUGAUCAAUCUCAGGAAUAUAAUGAGUUAGCAUCGCCAAAUGUAUCCGCGAGUAUAAAUGAUGAUGUUUCUAUGGAAACUGAAUCUAGUCAAAGUGAUCAAGCACAAAUUACUUGUGUAAAAUCUACAAGUAGUCACGACAGAUCUGAGCAUGAUAAUGUGUGGAAUAGAAAUGAAACUUCUUGUGCGAAUAUAACUAUAAGCAAACAGGAGAAUAUGAUGGAGAACCUUCAGGAUAGAUUAACAACAAUGCGGGACGGUUUCCUCGAACGGCAUGGCAGUGAACCUGCUGUGAGUUUAACGUAUUCUGACAAAAGCUCAACUAGUGCCACAAUAUCACUUGGUGUUGGCGACGAAAUGACUCGCGACAGUUACCACCCAGGACCAUCUGGAAGUAGUGAUGGGACUUUCGACGCAGGUCCGAGCAAUAAUCGCAACCAUCAUCGUUACAAUGAAAGUAAGUCUAAUUAUUGUUUAGUCGCUUUUUUCAUCUCUAGCGAAUUCUAAUCGCUUUAAAUUUUGUAAACUAUACAUAUAUAUA